AUGUAUCAUCUUAUACACGCGCACUCUCGCUAUACCAAAGAUGAGUCAUCAAGUAUUGAAAGUCAAGCAACCAUGUCUCAAAUGCAAUUAUGUGAAGAAAAAAAUGGAAGAACGUCGCAUUGUGAAGAUCUGCUUAUCUUAAUUGAUACAUUUGAAGACAAAUCUCGUAUUGCAACCUUAAUUGAUUAUGAAAUUUUUGAUAGUGAUCUGAAAGAACUAAUUUAUUAUAUAAGACGUGUUGCUGAAUUUGGCUUUGAUCAUAUAAUUAUUAUUGGGGAGACUGAAUGUAAAAUGAUCUUUUUAGAUUGUUAUGAUCGUGUUUUUUUGUGGGAUGAUGAAAGUCAAAUGUUAUGGCCAUUUGGUAAUUCUCCUGAAGAAGCAACGAAACGCUUAGUUAAAGGGAAAGAUCAGUUGAGAUGGUUUGUAGUGAAUGGGAUUGUAUAUGAGUAUAUUACGAAAUGGCAAGAUUUCUAUUAA